GUAUCACUCAAUAAUUACCGAUAAUCGUCAUUAUUUAUUAUAAAUUUAAUUUUUAUCUCUUUACGAAUUUACGAAUCAAAGCAAAUUAUUCAAAAAUGUCUGUAUUGCCUACUGGUAAUAAUCAUAGUCGCAUUAUAGUACUUAAAGAUUUUAUUAAAGAAUUAGACCUUACAGAAGAAGAACGAGAAGCAUUUCGUAAAGCGAGAUCACAAGUACAAACUCAUUCAAGACUUGGAGCACUUGCGGGAGCACUUGCUGGCGGUUAUUUUUCUAAAAUAAAAAAAUUUACGCUUGGUAUAAGUUUAGCGAUAUGUAUGGGAACAAUAACUUUGGGAAGUCAAAUAGGAUUUUUUACAGGAACUGCUGCUGGAUUACGUACUAUUAAAUCUUUACCGAAUUCUCAAAGAAUUUUUGAAGCUAUUAAAGAUGCUCAUUUUCGAAAAAUUGCUCAAAAUAAAAAACAAAGUCAAAAUCAAAAUCAAGAACAAGGUGAAGACGUUGAUUCAUCAGCUUUAUCAGAUGAGUUUACGCCUGAUGGUCGAAAUCUUGGUGAUACCGCGGAUGAACAAUCUUCAUGGGCAAAAUAUAGACCAACGCCAACUCCUUCGCGACAACAGCAAUCAUCUUCUCCACAACAUGAUGAUAAUAAUAGUUCAUGGGAUAAAAUCAGAGCAAACAAUCCUUCAUCUACAUGGGAUAAAAUUCGUCAAAAUAAUACAUCUGAACAACAACAGCAAAAUCCUACAUUUAAUAAUGAAAGUUCUAAUGAAAGUAUACCGAGAACAAGGGAAGAUUUUGAAGAAUUACGUAAUGAAGGCAAAAUUAGAACAAAUCAAUAUGGAGAUAUUGNUUUGCUAUUCGUCUUUAACACAUGCAACGCUUUUUGUUAA